AUGUCGGGGAAUUUCUACAAAGGGACUUCUACGGACCAGACUCCGUUCUUUAGGGACAAGGACAGCCAGCUCAUUGCGCAGAGAAAAUGGCCCGCAAUAUUCGACCAGGAAGUCGACAUGAGCAAGGUUAACGUGGAGGUUAUGAAGGCCUGGAUCAACCAUAAGAUCACCGAGCUCCUCGGCUUCGAAGAUGACAUCGUAAUUUCUUAUUGUCUUUCGCAAUUAGUACCGGAGGAAGCUCUCGCUGCAGAUGUUGACGAGAGAAAGAAUUACCUGUGUCCCAAGAAACUUGCUAUAUCGCUGACCGGAUUUGUUGGUAAACAGGCCACACAUUUUGUCCGCGAACUUUGGAAGCUCCUCUUGAGUGCCCAGAAUACUCCGACGGGGAUCCCUCCAGAAUUUUUGGAAAACAGAAGGCUAGAAAUGGAGAGGAAAAGAGAAGAGGCGGCGCGUAUCAACGAAGAGCUGGUGCGUAGACAUGAGCAGAUGAUGGCUACAGAAUUCAACAAGCAAAUCAAGCAGUUCGCGACAGGAACCGCCCCUCCAAAGCCGCCAACGCUGGUGGCAUAUGAUACAAUUCCCGAUACGGGUGGCAUGAGAGGAUGGGAUAAUGACGAUGCACCGCCGGCGCGGGCUCGCGCACCAGAAGUCGGAGCCGCUCCCGGUCUGGCGGAAGAAGCCGCCGUACUCGAAGCGACAGACAUGAGAGACGGAGGGGCCGACGGCGAAGCGAAUCCCGCAGCAUGUCGCGUUCACCCAGCAGAGGCGGGGAUAGGGAUCGUGACCGUCGGCGUGGUCGGUCAAGUGAUCGUGAUUAAAUUCCGUUGA